GCAUUCUGGGUAGGGCACUUUCAACGCCAGCCAUAUUGCUCCAUCGUCCUGACCGCAGGAGAGAGGGGAGAUGAAGGGGAUACGAGGAAUCAGUCAACUCUCGAGACGUACCUAUGCGGCUGCCAGAUCAGGCCAGUCCCUUGCUCAGCCGCUGGCUGGCCUCAAGCUCUCUCCAGGGGCUGCCCACUCGUACCAGGACGUUCAUGUGACCAGACUGCCCAGUGGACUGGUUAUCGCCUCCCUUGAGAACUAUUCCCCGGCCUCUAAGAUCGGAGUAUUCGUCAAGGCCGGCUGUCGUUAUGAGACCCCUGACAACCAGGGUGUCACCCACCUCCUCCGGCUGGCCUCCAGCCUGACAACUAAAGGAGCUUCGGCUUUCAAGAUCUGCCGUGGUGUGGAGGCAGUGGGGGGCAGCCUGAGUGUGACUUCAUCCAGAGAGAACAUGAGCUACACAGUCGACUGCUUGAGAGAUGACAUUGACACGGUUAUGGAGUAUUUGAUCAACGUGACCACGGCUCCAGAGUUCAGGCCAUGGGAGGUGUCAGACCUCACACCCAGGCUGAAGAUGGACAAGGCCCAGGCUGCACACAGUGCCCAAACAGGUGUGGUUGAAGCUCUUCAUGCAGCUGCCUACAAGAAUGCUCUCUGUAACUCCCUGUACUGUCCCGAUCACAUGGUCGGCAACAUCCAGUCUGAACAUCUGCACCAGUUUGUUCAGAACAAUUUCACAAGCGCAAGAAUGGCUCUUGUUGGACUCGGUGUCGACCACACGGUGCUGAAGCAAGUUGGAGAACAGUUCCUCAACAUCCGCAGUGGGGCAGGCACCAUGGGGGCCAAGGCUCAGUAUCGUGGAGGUGAGAUCCGCCUGUUGAACACCAGCAGCCUGGUGCACUCAGCUGUGGUGAGUCAGUCAGCAGCAGCAGGCAGCAGUGAAGCUCUGGCCUUCAGUGUCCUGCAGCAUUUACUGGGAGCUGGUCCGCAUGUCAAGAGGGGCUCCUGCGUCUCAAGCAAACUGGUUCAGGGUGUUUCCAAGGCAACUGCUGACCCCUUUGAUGUGAGUGCUUUCAAUGCGAGCUACUCUGACUCUGGUCUAUUUGGGAUCUACACCAUUUCCCAGACUGCAGCAGCUGGUGAUGUGAUCAAAGCAGCUCUCGCUCAGGUCAAAGCUGUUGCUGAUGGAGCAGUCACAGCUGCCGACCUCACCCGGGCCAAGGCUCAGCUGAAGGGACACUUCCUGAUGUCUCUGGAGACUUCGGAGGGUCUGCUGGAGGCGAUGGGUAGUCAGGCUCUGUCUGAGGGAUCGUACUGCUCCCAGGAGGAAAUCUCCAAACAAAUCGACAAUGUUUCCCUGACUGAUGUCGCAGACGCUGCCAAGAAAUUUGUGUCCGGCAAGAAGACUAUGGCAUCCAGUGGAAACCUCGUAAAAACUCCCUUUGUGGAUGAGAUCUAAGACCCUCCUUGUGACCUCAUACUGUACUCUCUGAUGGCAAAGCAGAAUUUGUUUCCCUGACAGAAAAAAAAAAAAAGCAUCACUUUUUUGAAACGCUGUGGCUCUGAGAUAUAUAAUGUCAUAGCACCGCUGGGUGUUUCUAGGUGUUGUAACAGUGUAUUUUCAGGUUAUGCUGAAAUGUUGUGCUCCUCAUCUGUCCACAUUAACUGUAUAGCUGAUGUAAAAUACUGAAUAAAUUCUAUCUACCUUACAGAG